AUGGGGCCUCUGAUGGGUCCCUUAACUUCCAGGAGACAACAAAAUGCAAAAAAUGUGUUGACUUAUCCAUCAAAACUUCCCACUGAAGCAUGGUGCAAGUCCUCUGAAGAUACUGGCAGUGAUUCGGAUGCUAGAGUGGGAAAUACUUUGUUGAUAAGGAACUCAAAGGAAAAUGUUCAAGCAAGAGAGAACAAAAUAGUGGAAGAUGCUUCUGAGUUGCUUCUUGAUUCUGCCACGUACCCAACCCUUCCUACCGAGCCUUCUGUGCGGUGGGUGCCACCAAAUUUAACUGCUCCUAUAUUAGAUUUGGUGGAUGUCAUUUUCCAUGUCCAGGAUGGUGGAUGGGUCAGGCGUAAGGCUUUUUGGGUGGCCAAGCAAAUUCUACAACUUGGAAUGGGUGAUGCUUUUGAUGACUGGCUGAUAGAAAAGAUCCGGCUGCUGCGCAAGGGGUCAGUUGUUGCUUCAGGAAUCAAGCGGGUUGAGCAGAUACUUUGGCCUGAUGGAAUAUUCAUAACCAAACAUCCAAGGCGACAACGUCCGCCACCACCCAGUAGCCCAUCCCAAGCUUCAACACAUACACAAUCUCCUGAAACUUCUUCACCUAUAACGAGUGAUGAGCAGCGACUGGAAGCAGAACGUCGUGCAAAAUUCGUUUAUGAGCUAAUGAUUGACAAAGCCCCUGCUGCUAUAGUGGGUCUUUUUGGUCACAAGGAGUAUGAACAAUGCGCCAGAGAUCUCUAUUUCUUUAUUCAGUCUAGUGUCUGUUUGAAGCUGCUGGUGUAUGAUGUUAUCGAGCUAUUGCUGUUGUCUGCAAUUCCAGAGAUGGAUUAUGUAUUCAAGCAGUUGCAUGAAGAAAAACACAAGUUUGGUGAAUAUAAAGCAAACUAGUUGAGGUUUAGAAUGUGGAGUUCGAAUAAUAGAGAGGUUUGGCCUUGUAUUUCACCUCAAGUAGAUGGUUGAGACUCAUGUUUGGCAUUGGCCUUUGAUUCAUUGCGUUGAGAAGAUAUUUUACUUCAUCCAUAUUUUACAGUGCCAAUAUCUUCCACUUCAUACACAGGUUUAAGUUCUGUAAUUAGUCUCUCUUUUCCUUGAGAAAAAAAUGAUUCAUCACUCUUGGAGGAAAAUUGUAAGUAAACCUUGAGAACAGUGAAUAUAUUAUAAUUGAAAGCUUCUUGCUGUGGUUCAUUUU